UCUGAUGUCCCUGGUGUCUUACUGCCUUCUAUAUACUUGUUUCUUAGGAUGAGUGUGGAUGCUCUGUUUGCACAGUACUGUGCCUGGGUGCAUGCAGCCUGUGAUUCACGUCUCCCUGGACCAUGCUGUGAUAUUAAGCUGACAAACCUAUUAAAGGAUCGUCUGUUGGAGGAACCAGAGUUGCAUGGUGCUCUUCACAACGAUGCCUUCUCCCUCAUUGCCAGCGGUCUCCGGAUUUGCCAGGAUCUGAAAUUAGGUUUACAACAUCUCACUGAUGCAUUUCAAGUUCUUGAGCAAGCAGCCCUAAACCUUUACUGCGCUCCUUGGAGGAAAGAGUUUCAGACAAUCAAGACCUAUUCCGGACUUUAUGUGCAUGCGUUAGAGUCAGCCCUUCCACAGGAUGCCAUUUUCCGAGCACUGCAGAGGUUAGGAUAUGAGCUGCAGGCAGACUUGUGCAGUUUGUGCGUGGUAACCCCUCCACCUGCAAAGGUCUUAUCCUUUGCUGCACUUGGCUUUUUUGCUGCUCAGCUUGAGUGUCGUCUCUUGUCUAACAUCCUCUCAUGUGCGUUCCCUGGGGUGAUAACAGGCCCUGAUUUGCUAAGAGAGAGGAGAAGCUGUCGUGGGGAGACUGCGUGCAUGGAGAGACUUCAUAGAUUAACCCUGGAAGGGAGUACACCAGGUAUUGCAGAGACUUACGAGCGGAAUGUAGAGUCAGAUGGAGGCUCACUUUUACAUCAGCCCUCAUUCUCUAACAAAUGCCAUGAAUACUUGGACCAGCACAUGAGUGGUCUUUGCAAAGAAAUCCAUUCAGUUCCUCUUCUACCGCAUAAAAAGAAUGCUUCAGAGCCUAUGGAAGCCAAGAGUCACACAGAACGGCACAAGGCAGGUUUUAGCUUGCAUGACUGUGUUUUUUCAGAUACGUCCUUAGAGCAACACUGUAUAGAGUGCGGCUUGUUCCAUAGUAAACAAUGUCCAGUGUCCGAAAUGUGUAGCGGCUCAGGACACAACAUUUUAAGACUCUGUUUUUCUGAGAAGCAGAAGGUACUUAGCGAGGUAGAAAGAAACAGGUAUCAAUCUCACUCGUGUCUGCGACCAGAAAACUUACCUCAUUACCGCUGUGACUCCUGCAGGCAGCUGCACUACAUAAAUUGUCCUGGGGUAAAACAAUGCCGUGACCAGGAUCACAAAGUCACCAUGAUCAUGCUUGAAAGGGACCAGCGCCAAUGGCUGCAACAGAGUAAGAGGGACCCGGCAGCACUUAAGUUGGUUCUUGCAACCCAGAUAGGACUUUAAAUAUGAAUCAUUACCAAAAGGAGUGUGCAGUAUCUUUAACAGAAGAUUUAACUGAUUUUUUUUUUUUACGUUUUUGUUACACUGGAAUCAUUUGACGUCACUGGAAUCCUACCUAACCUAAUUUUUUAAAGGAAUAAAUUACUCAAGCAAAACUAACACCAUUACCAUAAGUGUUUAAAAUUCUUGACUCUUUUAUACCGUAUGAAUUUAUUUAGGUUUUUUGUUUCUUUUUCUCUGAUGCUUACUCUCUAGUUUCCUUUCUCAGGUAGUAUCCAAUCUGUUUUGCUUGUGUAUUGUUCUUUCAUGAUAUACACUUUUUGAUUUACCAAAAAAUUGCUGUGGCCUCUCCAAUAGACACAUGCGUUAGUUUUCAGAUAUAUUUAAAACAAAAAAACAAUAAUUUUUGCAUUGUUCCAUGAUAAACGCCUCUAAGAAAGAACAAAUGCAUGCAAGGAACAAAAUGUAUUGAUUUGUUUGUGAAGUUAAAACUAUCACUGUAAAGGCUGAAAAGGCAUCUUAAGUUCAAAUUUACACUAUUUAAUAACAAUUUUAGCAAUGUCCCUCUCAGUUGAUUGAUUUUGGUGUCAGCCAAUAAGUUUGUAAGCCAGUCCUGAUUUCAUUUUGUGCUGCUGCUGGCUUGUAUCAUUACAGCGCUAGCUACUACUUAUAGUAGUUUAAAGGAACAUUAAACACAUUGAGAUUGUAAUAGGAAAUAAAUAACUUUCCAAUA